GUAUUAAACAUGAAUUAACAUCUAAUUAUGAUAUGUAUCUAGCUAAUCAAUUAUCCAUAUUAUUUUCACCUAUUGUACAAGAUGCUUUACGUCAAAUUGAUGAACGAAUUGCCUGGAAAGAUAAUAUUUUUUGUAUAUUACGUUAUUUAUCUAUUAUAACACAUGCAUUAGGUCCACAAUUAAAACGUAAAGAUUAUGAUUUAAUAAAAAAAGAUAUUAUUCAAACAUUUGGUUUACAAUAUCUUGUUUUAAUUCAUGCACUUGAACAAAUUGGAAUCAUAUAUUUAUCCGAUCCGAAUAAACCAUCAUCAACAAUUCGAACAAAUGAAACAAAUCUUGAUCGUUUAAAACGUGAAUUUAAUUUAUUACAAGAAGAUCAAGCAGUUAAUGUUGUUGAACCACAAGAUAUUCAUUAUAUUUAUUAUCAAUAUGCACCCAUAAGUGUACGUUUAAUAGAGAAAAUUGUUUUUCCAACAACAAAUAAUAUUCAAGAUGCAAUGAAUAUUUUACCUGGUACAACAUUUAUUGAUACACAACAAGUACCAAUGGAAUUAAAACGACAUAGACAUGGUUCAACAACAUCACUUAGUUCAUUAAAUAAAACAACUAAACAACCAAUUCAACCUCAACGACAAACACAACAACAAAGUACAGAAUCAAAAGUAACUUUAGUUGUUUUUAUUGGCGGAAUAACAUAUGGAGAAAUUGCUGCAUUAAGAUUUUUAGCGGAUAAAAAUCAUGAUUUUAUUAUUGCAACUACACAUUUUAUUAAUGGAACUAAUUUAAUGAAAUCUUUACUCGAUGUGCCAAUAUUACCUUUGUGA